CAAACUGGCUGCUAUAGUAUUCAGUUGACCCAGGCGUCAGUGGGUAAAAACAAUUCGCUUCGUGUUUUGAGGAAAGUCAUAAUUGAACAAUAUUUUAAAGUACUGAACACUGUGACAUUACGAUGACAAACAGUAAAUUAAAGCCUGUCAAAAAUCGUCGCAAGAACAAGAGCAAUAAAAUUGUUCCUGUCGAAGUGACAAAUGCGACACAGAAGCCCAAAUCAUCCAAAUCAGAAUCAAUAAAAAAAUCCAACAAGUCCGAGCCGAAAAAAAUUUCCGUUGAAGAGCUGAAUCUGCUACAGCAAAUUGUGUUUGAUUUUCUAAAGAGUGACGAGGAGACAAAGGAAAUCAGUGGCUUCAGCGAUUCGCAGCGCAAGGAGAUUCAUCUGUUAGCCCGCCAUCACGGAUUGAGGACGCGCAGUCGAAGCAGUGCCGGAAGCAGAAUCUUAACUCUCAGUCGCAGCAAGAGCGCAUCGAGCAUGUUGCUUCGCCAGCAAAUCAUUCUGUUCUUCUCCACCGAGUCCAACUCGAUCCUAGACUGCGCUGUCAAAAAUCUGGAGCUGCGAAGCCACCCUCUGGCGAAGCAGCAGCCCCAGCAGCGUCAUGGGCGGGUGCUCCAAUACGGCGGGCUGCUGGGAAUGCCCCGUAUACCGCCUCGCCCACGCGAUACAAGUGCCCGCCUGGACGCCGAGCGACGCGAUUUGCCCAUCUUCAUGAAGCGUGGCAAAAUCUUCCAGGUACUCGAAACAUCGCAGGUGCUCAUCGUGAAUGGGGCGACGGGCUCGGGUAAAUCCACCCAAUUGCCGCAAUAUUUGCUGGAGAAUGCCACCGCAACGAAUCAGCCGAUCCGCAUUGUGGUUAGCCAGCCGCGUCGCAUUGCAGCAAUCAGUGUGUCCGGGCGCAUUGCCGAGGAGCGAAAUGAGAGCCUCGGCGACACCGUCGGCUACAUCAUACGCAUGGAGAGCCAAUACAGCAAUAACACAGUGCUGUCAUUUACCACCAGUGGCUGCCUGUUGCGUACACUGGCCAUGAAUGGGCCGGAGUUUUUUGCCAGCACCACCCAUCUGGUCAUCGAUGAGGUGCACGAUCGCGACCUGAAUACGGAUUUUCUAUUGCUAGCCAGCAAGCUGGAGCUACAGCGCAACAAGUCGCUCAAAUUGAUCCUAAUGUCGGCCACCAUGGAUCUGGAGGCGCUCUCCAAAUACUUUGGCAAUGCGCCCAUUAUUGAUGUGGAGGGACGCAGCUUCAAUGUGCGCACUUUCGCCCUGGAAGAUGUACUCAAAAUAUCCGGUUACAUGACGCGAGAGAUGCUCUCCUGCCUGGGUUCCAAUGCGGACAAUGCGGAUAAUGCAACGACAACUGAUAUAUUAAAUGCUUAUGAAAGAAAAGCGCAAGACAUGAGCAGGGAUAUAAUUGAUAACGCACUGGUCGUAUCGCUGGUGCAGAUGCUGCUGAUGAGGGGAUCGAAGGGUGCCGUGAUUAUCUAUCUACCUGGCUAUCAGGACAUGAUCAAGCUAAUGAACAUAAUGUCCGAGUCUCUGCCCAGUAAUAUGAUCAGAAUUCUGCUGAUGCACAGCCAAGUCGAUAGCUGUAGCCAGAACGAUGUCUUCACUGAGUAUCCGAAUGUGCAGCUCAAGAUUGUGCUGAGCACGAACAUUGGCCAAACUUCGAUAACCAUUCCUGAUCUGCUCUAUGUUAUCGAUACUGGACGGGUCAAAAUGAAGACAUACAAUCCGACAACGGGCGCCUCGCAACUGGACUGCGUCUGGAUAUCCAAGGCGGAUGCACAACAGCGCAUGGGACGUGCCGGCCGCCGUUGUGAUGGCAUCUGCUAUCGGCUGUAUAGCAAUAACACGUAUGAAUCAUUCCAUCGCUUCCCCAUUCCGGAAAUUAUCCGGCAAACGCUUGACGAGGUCUGCCUGCUGGCAAAAAUUGCGAUGCCCACGCAGGACAUCCAACAGUUUCUGGCACAGGCACUGGAUCCACCGCAGUCGGUGGCCGUUGCUCAGUCGUGUGCCAAGCUAAAGUUGCUGAACGUGCUCCUCGACUCGGAUGAGAGUGUCACCGAGCUAGGUUACAUCAUAUCCGAAUUGCCGCUAGAUGUGCAGCUGGGCAAGUGUCUUGUCUACGGUGUCUAUUAUCAAUGCACCGACAGUUUGAUAAUCAUAACUGCCUAUUACUCGGUGCGUAAUCCAUUCACGUUGUCCAGCGAUCGAUCGUCGCGCAAUCAGCAGCGUAAAGCGCGCGACUUUUUCAGCUUUGAGGGCUUUAGUGACUCCAUUGGCAUAUUGGAGCUGUAUCACCAAUAUAAAGCCGCCUUGAAGAAGGGCGUCGGCGAAGCCAACAAGUUCUGCGAGAGGAACUGCCUAUGCGGCAAAUCGAUGGAUUUGUUUGAUUCCGCGGUGCACACGCUUCGUGCAACCGUGAAGCGCAUCUUUAAGAUCAGGGACUUGAAGGCAGCCAAUCAAUUCAAUACGAAUUUGAAUAUGGUUCGUCUGGCCCUUGCCGCUGGUCUUUAUCCGAAACUGGUCUAUCUCGAUAAGUCGAAAACAACGCGACUCAUCGAAGAGGGCGAUCCACGCGUUCAGUUGUCUAGGAACUCCUGUCUGAGCAUCUGCUCCUCCAAGAAGUACAAGAGCGAAUGGAUCAUCUACGUGGAGAAGUCGGGCACGGCCGGCCUCUCGUCAAACAUUGAGCACGCGACCCUGGUAAGCACACUUAUGGUCGCUCUGCAGUGCGGCAAGGUUAUCAAAUUGGAGAGCAUCGAGACCACAUUUCCCGAAGAUAUUGACGGCGACUAUGUCGAGCAGUCGCAUCUCAUACUCGACUCCAAGUUGCGCAUCCAACUGGACACCGAAUCGGGAAAAAAAUUGCUUCAGCUACGCAGCAACAUUGACAGGGAGUUCGCCAAGUUGGUUGGCAGACGCAUUGUGGACACAGCUUGGUGUCCAUCGGUUAGCUAUGUGCAGAAGCUAUUGAAACUCGAUUUUGAAUACUCAGGCCUGUCGGACAACGAUCUGGUAUUUUAAUCAAUGUCGCAUGAACUCAUCAAUAUUAUUUAUUAUUUACAUAUGCUCUGUGCAUUUAUCAUAUACUCCAUUUAUCCAUUCAAAAUGGGCAUAUUGGUCUGUACGAAUAAACUGAUCUUAACAAAUACGACAGCCUGAAGAUAAGAAUGAGGCAUGCGAAAUACAUUUCAACUUUACACAACACACAAACAUACACAUUUUAUAUAUCUAUAUGUAUAAUGCGUACUUGGCAUAGGUUAAUACUGGUUACAGGGUGUGCUAGUGAAUAUAUAUAUUUGGUUAUACACUUAAAUAUAAAUAUUUAGCGAGUCAAGGUGAAGUGAGUGUUUUAGCGGAACUGCUUUUCUUUUACAUUAUACAUAUUUGAAUAAUGUUUGCGAAAUUUGCAUGCAUGUGGGAUAUGUAACUACUUCGUAUGGAGUCCUCGUAAGUCUGAAAACAAUUAAAAGUGAAAUUAUUUUUAGCACCCUAGUUCUA